UUUGCUCUAAGGGCUUGAGAAUCCAAGCAGCAGAGGCUCUUGAUAAGUUGAAGGUUCCAACCUCACCCCUUCCAAGAAGCAAUUUUUUUUUUUUUACUCCUCUCAAGUGAGCUCUUUACCGCUCUCUGUCCCACUCCUUCUCAGCCACUACCUGCUGUGGGGUUGUCUCGGUAUCAUAGUGUCACUGUCAGGUGUGGGGUGCCUAAGCAGAGCCCCUAAUGUAGGAUAGUAGGAGAAGCCCAUGGAGGAGGCAGGAGAAAGAACCACGAAGUGGUCCUGGAAGUGUCCUUCUGGUUGGACACUAGUGAGGGAAAGCUAACUACCAGAGAGCGGAUCAGUCUUUUGCUGGACCCUGGCAGUUUUGUUGAGAGUGACAUGUUUGUGGAACACAGAUGCGCAGAUUUUGGAAUGGCUGCUGAGAAGAAUAAGUUUCCUGGAGACAGUGUGGUCACUGGACGGGGCCGAAUCAAUGGAAGAUUGGUUUAUGUCUUCAGUCAGGAUUUUACAGUUUUUGGAGGUAGUCUGUCCGGGGCACAUGCCCAAAAGAUCUGCAAAAUCAUGGACCAGGCCAUGACAGUGGGCGCUCCAGUGAUUGGACUGAAUGACUCCGGGGGAGCACGGAUCCAAGAGGGAGUAGAGUCUUUGGCUGGCUAUGCAGACAUCUUUCUGAGGAACGUCCUGGCAUCUGGAGUCAUCCCUCAGAUUUCUCUGAUCAUGGGCCCGUGUGCUGGUGGGGCUGUGUAUUCUCCUGCUUUAACUGAUUUCACGUUCAUGGUAAAGGACACCUCCUACCUGUUCAUCACUGGCCCGGAUGUUGUGAAGUCUGUCACCAAUGAGGAUGUUACUCAGGAGGAGCUUGGUGGUGCCAGGACCCAUACCACCAUGUCAGGUGUUGCCCACAGAGCUUUUGAAAAUGAUGUUGAUGCCUUGUGUAAUCUUCGGGAGUUCUUCAACUACCUGCCCCUCAGCAAUCAGGACCCAGCUCCCAUCUGCGAAUGCCAUGAUCCCAGCGACCGUAUGGUUCCAGAGCUUGACACAAUUGUCCCCUUGGAAUCGACCAAAGCCUACAACAUGGUGGACAUCAUACACUCUGUUAUUGAUGAGCGAGAAUUUUUUGAGAUCAUGCCCAAUUAUGCCAAGAACAUCGUUGUUGGUUUUGCAAGAAUGAAUGGGAGGACCGUUGGAAUUGUUGGCAACCAACCUAAGGUGGCCUCAGGAUGUUUGGAUAUUAAUUCAUCUGUGAAAGGGGCUCGUUUUGUCCGAUUCUGUGAUGCAUUCAAUAUUCCACUCAUCACUUUUGUUGAUGUCCCUGGCUUUCUGCCUGGCACAGCACAGGAAUACGGAGGCAUCAUCCGGCAUGGUGCCAAGCUUCUCUACGCAUUUGCCGAGGCAACUGUACCCAAAGUCACAGUCAUCACCAGGAAGGCAUAUGGUGGUGCCUAUGAUGUCAUGAGCUCCAAGCACCUUUGUGGUGACAUCAACUAUGCCUGGCCUACAGCAGAGAUUGCAGUCAUGGGAGCAAAGGGUGCUGUGGAGAUCAUCUUCAAAGGGCAUGAGAAUGUGGAAGCUGCUCAGGUGGAGUAUAUCGAGAAGUUUGCCAACCCCUUUCCUGCUGCAGUGAGAGGAUUUGUGGAUGACAUCAUCCAGCCUUCCUCUACACGAGCCCGAAUCUGCUGUGACCUGGAUGUCUUGGCCAGCAAGAAGGUACAGCGCCCUUGGAGGAAACAUGCAAAUAUUCCACUGUAAACGAAUCAAAGGAUAAUAAACCAAGAGCCAAUUACUGCCUGGCCAUUCGUACCCAUCCCUGCCUUUUGCAAUCAUGAUACCUGGAAAUCUAAAUACCAGUAAUUACUUGCAAUGGCUGUUUAUUAAAUUCUAGGAAGAUUUCAUUUAUGCCUUACUGUAAAAUUACUUGCUUUAUUAAAAAUUUGUUUUAACUGGUA